UGUACAGCUCACAAGAAUGUCACUGAAUGUUUUAAUUUUGAACCAAAGCAAGCCAGCGAAUGUUUGCUCUGAACUUCUGUGGCUUUAACAUCCAUUUAAUCAUUUCCUUUCCUCUCUGCUUGCAACCAUCCUGGGCAGAACACUCCCCUGGAUAGCUCACCCCUUUUGUUCCAUCUCAUAACAGCCCCAAAUGGCAAGCUUCAGGCAAAGUAAGAAAAGUGAGGGCGUGUAGUUCCAGCACCGCUGGAAGCCAGCAGUGAGCGCCCAAGUUCGUCUGAGUUUCUGGGGCUGGUCCGAAGUGUUACUCAAGCUCAGGCAGCGCCAUCCGACUGGGACUCUCCAGUCCAUUUAAGAGCACACACAGUCACAGAGCAAUGAGAUAUGGUGCUCAAACCACGAUGGAACACAUGAGCUCAUUCGCUCCCCCGAUGGGAAGCUUUCUGAACACUGGGCUAAAGCUUCAGCAAACUGCCCCAAGACAAGGCUGGUGCAAGGAAUGGGAAACCGAAAUAUUGUUCAAAUAGCGUGUGGGGACCAGCAUGCCAUGGCACUAUCCAGAGGGGGUGAGCUCUUCACCUGGGGCCAGAACACCCAUGGACAGCUUGGAGUGGGGAGCCAAACCAUGACUACUCCCAUACCACAGCUGGUGGAAAGACUAAAGGGCAUCCCACUUGCUCAAAUUGCUGCUGGAGGAGCUCACAGCACCACCGUGUCACUCUCUGGAGCUGUGUACUCCUGGGGAAAGAACAGUUUUGGACAGCUGGGACUCGGAGACACGAAAGACAGGGACUGCCCAACAUAUGUUGGAGCUUUAGAGCACUGGAAGACUGUAUUUAUCUCAUGUGGGGCAGAUCAUACUGCAGUUCUCUCCAAGGAGGGGCUAGUGUGCACCUUUGGAGCAGGAGGAUCUGGCCAGCUGGGUCACAACUCCACCCGGAAUGAACUCCUGCCUCGUGUGGUGGCUGAGCUGUGGGGAGCAAGGGUUUCACACAUCGCCUGUGGCAGACAAUACACUCUGGUCUAUGUCUCUUCCUUGGACAAAUUCUAUUUCUCUGGUUCUGGUGAUGAAGCACAACUGGGAGAUGAGAGGAAGCCAAAUCAGUUGAUACCACUUCCCAUCAAUUCACCAGUGAAUACGGGAAAAUCCUGCCAGAAAAAGGGUGCAUCAAAAAAAGAGAACAAAAUUGCUGCAGCAGUACACCAAAGUUUUGCCUGUUGCAAGGAGGAGAACAAGAAUUUGAAUGGAAUUGCUACUCUGGAGGAUAAAGAAGUGGAUGCAUGGAUUUCUAAUUCUAGAUGUCAUGAGAGUAUAAAAAAAAAUAUCAGACGGAUCUUCUCAUCUGAGGCUUGCAUCAAUGGAAGCUUCCUGGACAAAAGAGACAAACAUUUCAAAACUUCCAAAGAAGUCUCAGGAGUAGACAUGUCAGAAGUGAAACAUUUUUAUGAGAAGAUCAGUAAAAACCGAACAGUCUAUCAGGAGGUGCAAAAGGAGAUUAGGAACUUACUGCCAUCUUUGUCUUCCUCUCCCAUCUCACCUGAAAAUUUCCGAGUCUACUUGAUCUUGCCUUUCCUUCUGCAGGCAGAGGAUGGAGACUCUUUCCUUUCUCUGAUUCUUCUGGCUCAAACCAUCCUGAAGCUCCAGCCAGAGGGCCUGCAAACUCUUGAAUGCCUAUGGUCAAAUCUAGAAACAUUCUUUUUCAAGAAGCUGGUUAUUCUGUAUCAGAGGGUUUCCCAGCAAAUUCUGUUUCAAUUUGUCAGGAGGCCAGGCUGCCUCUUCAACCUGGACCCAGCUGAAACUCAGCCUCUGCAAAUACUGCAGAUGCUUUACCAGGUGAACUCCAGAACUGGCUUCAGAGUACAUGAGAGCAUCUUCCAUGUACCUGGAGUAGGAGAGGUUAUCAACUUAUGUUCGUGGUCCAAUAUAGUAACAGUCCUAUGGAAGCUGAGCAAGUACCCAUGCAUCUUUGACAGGGAAAACAAGAUCCGUGUUCAUAGUACAGAAUGCAGUUCUCUGUCCAGGACCUGUAUUUUACCCUUUAUAUGGAUCCCUCAGAUAUGGAAUUUUUGUGUCAGAAGACAAUGUCUUCUGCAAGACAUAUGGAAAAAUUUAAAAUCCGCCUCAAACCAAGAUUUCAGGAAGACAUUAAAGGUGUCUUUUGUGGGUGAGGUGGGGGUGGAUGAAGGUGCGCUGUCCCAGGAGCUCUUCAGCAUUGCAGCCAGGACCCUCUGCCAGCCUGGCACCAGCGCCUUCUGCCGCUUCAAGUCCGGCCUCGUGUGGUUCCCCACACAGGCCUCGAGCUGUGAGGAUGAGGACACCUUCCUCUUGAUCGGGACACUGUGUGGAAUGGCCCUGUUUAACCAGCGCAUGGUGCCCUUCCCCUUCCCCAGGGCUCUCUACAAAAAGCUACUGGACCUGGCCCCCACCCUGGAGGACCUGAAGGAUCUGCUGCCAACCACGGGCCGGAGUCUUUGGAAAAUUUUGAAUGAAGAAAAUGAUAACUUGGACUUGGUCUUCACGGCAACAAAAGGAGAAGAUUCCAUGGAUGUUGUUGAACUUAAAGAAAAUGGUGCCAACAUUCCUGUCACUAAGGACAACAGGAGAGAAUAUGUUGAUUUGUAUGUGAAUUACAUGUUCAAUGAAUCAGUACAGAAGCCAUUUGAGGACUUUAUGCAAGGGUUCUUAAGAGGCUGCCCAGCUAGAAACUGGAAGAUGUUUUUCCCUGAAGAGCUGCAGGUGCUUCUGGAGGGAUACAAAACAUUUGACUGGCAUCUGCUGGAAAAGAAUGUGAUAUACAGUCAGUAUAAGAAGUUCGAUCAAACCAUCAGGAAUUUUUGGGCUGUGUUUCACAAUCUAUCAGACGAAAAAAAGAAAAUGUUUCUUGCUUUUUUGUCAGGAUCUGAUCGAAUCACUGGAUAUGGACUGGAAUGUUUUAGAUUUUUGAUUGCAGAUCCUCAACUAGAAAAUCCAGAUGAGUCCUAUCCCUAUCCCAGUACUUGCUCCCUCAUUUUGUUCCUCCCCAGAUACAGCAGUAAAAAAAUACUCGAAGAGAAGUUGCUUUUUGCCAUAGAGCAUAAUGAAGGUUUUGGCCGUGCCUAACUCUAGGAUAGAAGCACUUAAAGCAAAAAUAAGAAAAUGAGUCUUUGUUCACUUUUCAUAUUUUCUCUUAAUAACUCUUAAUUUCCUGAUUUCUACCCUGCCUCAUUUUUACUGCACUUUAUAAACACCUGAGGGUAUAUAUUUGCUGAGAUUUUGUAUUGCUUAUAAAAUUGAGCUUUGACCAGAUACCUCAUAGUUAGAUUGUGAAGUUAGGAGAGAAGAAUCCUGUUUGGCGCACUUCAGAGAAGCAAGCUGAUAAGCCAGCAUAUUUACAUAUAUGUGCAGGCAGGGUCUGCACUGUUCUGGUUGUGUCAGGACAGUGAGCUCCCAGCAGCAGGGAUUCUGUGAUUUGUACAUUCAUGCAUUAGCAAGCAAACAACCAGGGUGUGCUAAGCUGUCACCCUUGCAAGGUAAAGCUCGGGUAAGGUUUUCAUCUGUGUUACUUAAGGGUUCUCUUGGGGAGCAACACAUUUAAUGAGACUGUGAAUUGAAGGAGCUGUCUGUGGUCACCUGGAUAUGGUCUGUGAUUUAUCUGAGAGAAAUUCUUAGCAGAAUUUGAUCAUUCCUAGACUUUUCCAAAGCUGUAUUAAUGAAUUAUAAUAAUACAUUUUUUUGUUAUUUAGUGUGAUAAUUGUGAUAUUUGUCACGUUUCUUUAUUUCUUCUAAGGAGAUGUUUCACAGUUAAAUCAUAAAAUUGUAGGCUUGCAGAACAGCACUGCCUACAGAACCCUGUGGACAUGAGGCUGGCAGGGCUUCUGGAAUCUCAUUGUCAAAACAGUGCAGAGCACUGGCAGGAUAUUAACAAUGUCAGGCAGGGUUUUCUGCAUAUUUUGCUGUGUGGAGAGAGGGAGAGAAACAACAGUCAUUAUUUUUCAGCAGUCUUCUCUUUGAUGCGUUAAGUGUGUCAGGGGACAUCCAUAUGUAUUGAAGAGUUCCACUGUCUUAAAUAAAAUGGUGAUGGAUUAAAUUUUCA